GUUAGUACUAAAAGGAUUUCCAACUCCAAUCUUUUUUCUAUUCUCCCUCCCUUCCUAAACCCAAAGUCCUCGCAGCGGUUCCGACACCGGCCACCGCCCAGCACCACCACCACAACCUAUUCCCGGGAUUAAGGAUCAAAAGUAUUAAGCUCGGAGGAUUCUAGGCGAAAUAAGGGCAAUGCCCGGCGCCACAAUGGAGGGGGAAUUUCCUGUAGAACCCCAAUCAUUAAAGAAGCUGAGCUUAAAGUCCGUAAAACGUGCCCUAGAUGUAUUCUCCCCGCUUCACGGCCAGUUCCCUCCUCCCGAUGCCGAAAGCAAAAAGGUUCGCGUCAGCCACAAGCUGAAUGUUGAAUACCAAGGCAUUAAAGGCACCAAUACUCAGCCUGCACCUGCCCGUAAAGUUAACGCCCAACAGUCUUCUGCUACCUCGAAUGUUCUUGCUCUUCCUGGUCCAGAAAGCUCCAGAGACCAACAGCAAGGAGUGGCCCAAAAUGAGAUUGUUGUUGGUCCUUCUGUACAACCAAAUAGCAUGGCUGAAGAUGGGUUCUCAGGCAAAAGUAAUGCACUUGUUGCUUCUCGUGUUCCAUCUGAAAGAAAUUAUUCUACUUCCGCUCUUAUGGAAAGGAUCCCGAGCAAGUGGCCUCGUCCUGUUUGGCGUCCCCCAUGGAAGAAUUACAGAGUCAUCAGUGGUCAUUUGGGAUGGGUACGAUCUGUUGCGGUUGACCCAAGUAAUACCUGGUUUUGUACUGGAUCAGCAGACCGGACAAUCAAGAUUUGGGAUUUGGCUAGCGGACAGUUAAAGCUGACAUUAACAGGACAUAUUGAACAAAUAAGAGGUCUUGCUGUUAGCAGCAAGCAUACUUAUAUGUUUUCUGCCGGGGAUGACAAACAAGUAAAAUGCUGGGACCUCGAACAAAAUAAGGUCAUCCGGUCUUAUCAUGGUCAUCUGAGUGGUGUUUACUGCCUGGCACUUCAUCCGACUAUUGACGUCCUCCUAACUGGGGGACGUGAUUCUGUUUGUCGCGUUUGGGACAUUCGAAGUAAGAUGCAAAUUCACGCCCUUAGUGGACACGAAAAUACUGUCUGCUCAGUUUUUACUCGACCCACGGAUCCGCAGGUUGUAACUGGAUCACAUGACUCCACAAUAAAGUUCUGGGACCUUAGACAUGGUAAGACCAUGGCAACUUUGACACACCACAAGAAAUCUGUGCGUGCAAUGGCACCUCAUCCAAGCGAGGAGUGCUUUGCAUCGGCGUCUGCUGACAACAUUAAAAAGUUCAGUCUUCCCAGAGGAGAAUUUAUGCACAAUAUGCUCUCUCAACAGAAAACCAUCCUUAAUGCUAUGGCGGUGAAUGAUGAUGGUGUAUUAGCUACAGCAGGUGAUAACGGAAGUUUGUGGUUCUGGGACUGGAAGAGCGGUCAUAAUUUCCAGCAAGCUCAGACCAUAGUUCAACCUGGAUCGCUGGAGAGUGAGGCUGGCAUAUACGCCCUCACCUAUGAUGUCACGGGGUCGAGGCUCAUCAGUUGUGAAGCUGACAAGACCAUCAAGAUGUGGAGAGAGGAUGAAACUGCUACCCCUGAAACACAUCCCCUUAAUUUCAAGCCACCUAAAGAUUUGCGGCGUUUUUAAGUGCACAUUGGCCUGUUUAAGUUGCACUAUAAUUUUUAGAAUCCGAACUCAUGGUUUGGCAUCAGAUUUUCAUCCGCACUGAGGUAGCCGAAGUAUUUGGCGCAGCAUAACUGCUGAAGCCCAAGUGUUUUGAUCACUUACUGUUGAAUCAUUUAUUUAGGAUGUAAUCUGUAUUGUAUUUUAGCAUUUUCUUUGCUACUUUAAAUGGAAGAAUAUUUAAGGCAGUAAUUUAUUAAUUCAAAGAAUUUCCAUUUUUUUAAUAGAAAUA